UACAUUCACUUUUACAGUUCUGCUACUGUAAGGAUGAAGUUAACUGUUUUUCAAAUGAUAGUAUAGAAAUUCUGCACAUAAUUUUGACCAAAUGCUAAUGGAAAUAAUGCCCCAACUGUGAAUUAAAACUAAAAGUACAAAAAUACAUGUAUUUAGUUAAUUUGGCAGGGGCACUGGAAAGUAUUUGUGUUCCUCAGUGACACUUUUAAACAGUGAGGGAUAGUUCAUCUAAAAAUUAAAAUUAAACCUCAAUUUCCCACCCUCAUGUCUUUUCAAACCUGUAAGACUUUCAUUCAUCUUCGGAAGACAAAUUAAGUUCUUGAAAUCAUGAGCGAUUUCUAUCCCUCCAUUCAUUGGCAACUACGCAACUAUACCACUUUGACGGUAGAAAAACGAAUCCAUAUGAAUCGAGCGGUUUAGUCCAACAUUUCUGAAGAGCCUUUUUAGAAAACGUUGAAUCUUGGAGAGAAUUUGUCUCAUGAUCAAUGUUGAUAGCUAAUUAAGUGAUAAUGAUAAGGAUUACGGUUUAAUGUUUCUUCUUACGUAAACAAUGCUAAAAAAUCUCGGUUACAUACUCUAAAAGAAGAACUUUAUUCUCACAUAACAGAUUAAAACCGAAUCUAGAUUCAAUAUUUUCAAUUCGGUGUCUCCAUCUAGUGGUUCUGGAGAAGGGAAACCAACACACCAUAGAACACGCACUCGUAGUCUUACGUUUACACAAAAGGCCUAUCCUCAAAUCUUAGAUUUCGCUUUUAACGAGUUUUUACUUUCUUAAUUUUUAUGUCUGAAGUAAGACUAUUUCUAAAUAAUACAUUUCAUACGCAAUAAAAUUGUGACCAACGUGCACUUUCAACAAACAAGACCAAAGGUCAGAAUUCUUUGAACGCUUCCUGACACCAUACUAUGAAGCACACGACGGAUUGUCAUCAGAUUUCACAACGCAGCUUUGCUAACUUGAGUCGGUCUUUGAUAAACACCCAUUUUUGAAUCGACAACAUCAAGACACAUCUUUUGCGGUGGCAAAGGGUUGUUGGCAAAAUGGCAGAGGCUAUACUUGGAGAUCACGACCAGUACAGCUGCUCGAUAUGUUUGGACUUGCUGAACGAUCCCGUGACGAUUCCUUGUGGACACAGUUACUGUACGAGCUGUAUUAACGAAUGCUGGAGUACAGCGGAUAAUAAAGGUACCUACAAAUGUCCACAGUGCAGACAUGCCUUCGAUUCAAAGCCUCCACUCAACAAAAAUACAAUACUUGCUGACAUAAUGGAGAAACUGCUACGAACAAAGCUACAUGAGUCAGAGGCCGCUCGAAGUCUUGCCGGACCUGGAGAGAUUUCAUGUGAUUUCUGUGCUGGAGAAGUUUUCAAAGCUGUCAAGUCUUGUCUGGAGUGUCGAGCCUCUUACUGUGAGACACACGUAAACCCACACUAUAAUGUUCCAGCCCUGAAGAAACACAAGCUGGUGAAAGCUACCGUCAUACCAAUAUGCUCCAAACAUGACAAGCUCCUUGAGGUUUACUGUAGAACAGACCAGGUUUGUGUCUGCAUGCACUGUUUAAUGGAUGACCAUAAAGGCCACGACACAGUGCCAUCUACAAUAGAGCGUGGUGAGAAACAGAUGAAACUCACAGACACUCAGACAAAAGUCAAGCAGACAAUCCAUGCAAAAGAGAAAGAGCUGCAGAAGAUGAAAAUGGACAUCACAUCCCAUUCAGCUUCUGCAAAGGAGGCUGUGAAAAACAGUACAAGAGCCUUUACUGAAUUGGCCAAAUUUAUUGAGAAAAGAAGUAAUGAAGUGAUUGAAAAGAUAAAAGCUCAAGAAAAGGCUGAUCUGGACCAAGGUGAAAAACUACAAGAGAAACUUGAAGGGGAAAUUACUGAGCUGAAGAAGAGGGAAGGAGUCCUAGAGACACUUCUACAGACAGAUGACAGCAUCCACUUUCUUCAGAAUUAUGAGUCUAUGUCCUCUUCAUCUGGCUCUGAUGAGUUUCCCAGUCUCUCAUUUCAGCCGUGCUGCUCUUUUGAGGACAUAAGCAAAUUUGUAUGGGAACUUGCUAAAAGACUGGAAACUACUUGUAUGCAGGAAACAAAAAAAACAAUUAAUAACGUUUCAGAUUUGCCAACAAAGAGUCCUCCAUUUGACAUUAAAGUUGGAGACACAGUCCGCGUGAAGCCAUCUGUUGUUAUCCCAACACACAAAUGGGGAUCGGUUACUCAUAGUAGCAUUGGGAUUGUUAAAAAAAUCCAGGGCAAGUUUUUGACUGUGGAUUUCCCUGAACAAAAAAACUGGACUGGUGUAGUUUCAGAAAUGGAGCAUGUGACCAGUGCUGGUUCAGAUUUGUUAACAAUGAACGCUUCAGUCGACAUCAAGGUUGGAGACAGAGUCAGAGUAAAACCCUCCAUUACUACCCCAAAACAUAACUGGGGUAGAAACGUCACACAUAAGAGUGUGGGUGUGGUAAAAGACAUUAAAGAUGAUGACAGUCUGGUUGUUGACUUCCCUGGACAUGCAAAUUGGAAAGGAAUUCUUUCUGAAAUUGAGCGAGUAACUAAUGAUGAAGAGAAUGGACCUUCAAGUCUGGAGUCCAAUAUUAAGAUUGGAGACAAAGUCCGGGUGAAGCCGUCUGUUGUUACUCCAACACACAAAUGGGGAGCAGUCACUCACAAAAGCAUUGGUGUUGUUAAAAAAAUUCAGGGUGAGUCUUUGACUGUGGAUUUCCCUGAGCAAAAAAACUGGACUGGUUUAGUUUCAGAAAUGGAGAUUGUGGCCGGUGCUGAUUCAGACAUCAAAUGUGAUAACGGUCUGAUUGUUGACUUCCCUAAACAUGCAAAUUGGACAGAAUUGUGCUCUGAAAUGGUGGAGCUAGUAACCAAAGAUGAUGAGUUGUGUAGUAAUUAUACACAGUAUCAUAACAGAUCUUCAAAUCUGGAUUCCAAUAUUAACAUUGGAGACAAAGUCCGCGUGAAGCCGUCUGUUGUUACUCCAACACACAAAUGGGGUGCAGUCACUCACAAAAGCAUUGGUGUUGUUAAAAAAAUUCAGGGUGAAUCUUUGACUGUAGAUUUCCCUGAGCAUAAAAACUGGACUGGUUUAGUUUCAGAAAUGGAGAUUGUGACUGGCUCUUGUACAGUCGACAUCAAGGUUGGAGACAAAGUCAGAGUGAAACCUUCCAUAACUACACCAAAACAUAAUUGGGGCGAACAUGUCACCCACACGAGUGUGGGUGUGGUAAAAGAGAUCAAAUUUGAUGAUGUGAUCGUGGAUUUCCCGAAACACAAAGGAUGGAAAGGGAUUCUCUCUGAAAUGGAAUUGAUAAAUGAUUCAGAGGCUGACGUUGCAGGAUCCUCCUAGAUCAUGAUCAUGUGACCGUGGACCUCCCUGCUCACCUUUUUCUUUUGUGACUGAGUUUAGAUCAUAAAAACAUGUCUGUGUCUUUUGUAAGUUUGUAGUCAUGUGUCUCUUCCACAUAAUUCCUUUUUAUUCACAUCUGUCUUACAGUCCUUCUAAACUCUGGAAAGUUAUUUGAUUAGACAUGCAUAAAUAUUGCAAAUCCAGUUUCAAAAACCAACCCUGUUCCCAUUUUUUUCUGUUCUUCUUUUUGACUCAUGUGAUUGCAUAUUUGAAUAUAGCCUUGCUAUAUGGCUGCUGUAGUUAGAAAGAAGAAUAUAUGUUACAUGUCUUUCUUAAUAGGUAUAUAGACAGGCAUUAGUAGUAAAUUAUCAACUGAAAUUUAUGUUCCAGCUCAGGGAAUGUGCACACACAGAAUAUUGUUCAGUUUUACAUUUAGGCCUUUAAAAGGCCUACAUUUAAAAAUAAAAUAUCUGUCAAAAUACCAUACAAGGACACAAAUAGUUCUGAAUUUUUGGUAUUUUUGUCUUUUGAGUGAACUUAAUAAACUGUGCCUCUAUAUUCAA